AUGACGAAAUUGCUAGAAUCCUUAAUCACUGAGCUGGACAAUUACUUUAUUGUAGAUGUUGGGCAAAUUCAUCCUACAGCUGUUGGUUUGCCAUUUGAAGUAAAUGCUAAUGCUUUCUUGGGAGUACAUGGCUCAUGGAAGGCAAAAUUAGAACUAUCUCAAGAAGAUCUCAGUGCAGCCAAAUUGCAAGCACUGCUUGACAGCAACAUUGACACCCAUGGUCAGGGAAUGUUAUCCUGGGGAAUUCACACAGACUUUAUGGAGAGUAAGGUGGAAAUUAAUGGCAGGAUCCGUUCAGAAGGUGAAUUCAGACUGAAUGUUUCGCUGGACAUGCCACAAAAAAGAUUAAAAGCAGAAGUUGGUGGUCUUCGUGAGAAGUUUGAGGCAAUAACCGCAAGACAUGAGGCACAUGUUGUAGUAAGGUACCCACGUUUUGAGAAAAAGGCUCCAAUUCUUCCAGAGGGAUUUGAUGUCGACGACUUGGAUGAAGGGUUUGACACAGAGAAAGGCAACAUCAAACAACAAGCUAAAGGUGGCCACAGACCUCAGGAGCCUUUGGACAGAUGUUUGCCUUUAGGUUUGGUCCCAAUAGAUCUGUGCUCGCAAACCACCAAGAAAACAGGAUAUCUUUCUACUGAGAAUACAAUACUGCAUGUGUUAUGCUCAGAACAUGAAAUGAAGUUUUCGGUCAAACCAGGUGUUCCUAUGGAGAAGAUCCAGCUAGAUGUCCAACUAGGCCCUGGAAAAAUUAGGAUGAGAAGAGAAGCGGUACUAGAAGAAGAAGAAGAAGAAGUGGAAGAAGAAGAAGAAGUGACAGUAAAAGAAAAGGUGGCUGAUACCAAAUAUCAGAAGAAGCCAUUCCAGGAUACCAAACGCCCAGAUCGGGAGACCAGCUCUUCCUCUGAGUCUUCCACUGCUGCUCCUCCGGUGAAAAAGGGACAAGACCAAAAGAAAGGUGAUACCACCAGCAGCAGCAGCAGCAGCAGCUCCACUACCGGCAAGGACAGCAACAGUGAGGAUAGCAGCCAAAGCAGAAGCAGCAGCAAUGAGAGCAGCAGUGAGAGUAGCAGCAGCAGGAGCAGCAGGGGCAAAGGGUCACUUCAUUGUGGAACAAAGGACUCUUCCCAGCGCCAGUCCAGAGAUUGUUCUUCCAGCAGCAGUGACAGCAGUGAUAGCAGCAGCAGCAGCAAGAGCAGCAGCAGAGAAAGAAGCAGCAGAGAGAGCAGCAGCAGCAGCAGUGACAGCAGCAGCGACCGCAGCAGCAGCGACCGCAGCAGCAGCAGCAGCAGUGACAGCAGCAGCAGCAGCAGCAGUGAUAGCAGCAGCAGCAGCAGUGAUAGCAGCAGCAGCAGCAGUGAUAGCAGCAGCAGCAGCAGUGAUAGCAGCAGCAGCAGCAGUGAUAGCAGCAGCAGCAGCAGUGAUAGCAGCAGCAGCAGCAGUGAUAGCAGCAGCAGCAGCAGUGAUAGCAGCAGCAGCAGCAGUGAUAGCAGCAGCAGCAGCAGUGAUAGCAGCAGCAGCAGCAGUGAUAGCAGCAGCAGCAGCAGUGAUAGCAGCAGCAGCAGCAGUGAUAGCAGCAGCAGCAGCAGUGAUAGCAGCAGCAGCAGCAGUGAUAGCAGCAGCAGCAGCAGUGAUAGCAGCAGCAGCAGCAGUGAUAGCAGCAGCAGCAGCAGCAGCAGCAGCGAGAGCAGAUGCAGCGAGAGCAGUGAAAGUGAUGAAGUUUCCAAGAAGGGAGCUCCAAAAGAGAUUCAUACAUAUUCUUUCCGAUCUGUGAAGAAGCCAGGAAAAGAGCAAUCUGAUUUCCCUUAUGAUUCAGACUCUAAGCGGGAACACAAAAAGAAAGGUUCCUUGGACUCCAGCAGCGAAGAAGACAUAAAAGACUCUUCCUUGGAACAAGUUCUGUCUGCUCGUCUCCGCAUCAUCCGUUAUGAUAAGAAGCAAGAUGGACUCGAUGCUGUAGUGUAUGCGGGUUUCUCUGCAGUAAAAAUGACAGUGAAAAACAUCACCCGGCCAAGCAAGCCAGUGAUGUGCUUUGAAUAUGUGGCGACCGACCCUCAUAAAAUAAAGUCAUCCCUGAGAGCUGGUUGGGAUUGCAAAGACUAUAGUGUCUCAGCAGAAUUAGAGACUGGUUGGUUUGCUGAAAAGCCAGCUCUUCGGUGGAGGAUUAGGUAUCCUAAUGCUCCUGAAAUAGUGGCUUAUGCUCUAGAAAAGUAUGUUGCACUGUUCCCUGGACUUGCCCACAUAGCAGGCUUCUCUCACAAAGUGCAAAAGAACCCUUCUCAAGAAGUUACAAUGAUUGUGGCUCUAAAACAACCAAGCGAGUGUAUCAUGAUCAUAAAACUGCCAGAUGAUGUCCUCUACAAUGAAAACUGCAUACUUCCAUUUUCAGUGCCCUUGGAUCCCAAAGUCAAAACUUCAAAAAUCUCAGAUAUUCCAAAAUUGCUUCUUGCUAGUCUGAAUGGUGUUUGUACAGUACAAGGUAAAAGAAUUACAACUUUCAACAAUAAAAUCAUUACCAAAGGAUUUCCUCCUGACUGUUACAUAAAUAUGUUAGGAGACUGUACUUGUCAUAAGAAGCUGAUGUUGCUGAUGAAAUAUGAAUCAAGAUACAAUAAUAGUCUUCAAAUAGAUAUCCGUACAUCUGACCUCCAUAUAAGUCUCAAGCAGCGCAAUGGUGAUCUCAUUACAGAAAUAAAUGGCACUAAAAUACAGGAUACAGAACUCCCUGUUAGACUUAAAGGUUUGCCUUUUAGAAUGAAGAAAACGUUAAAUAUAGAGGAUAUUAGCCUGCCCGCAGAUGGACUUGAACGACUGAUAUAUACUGGAUAUUCUGCCAAGUUUGUAGUUAAUCCCUUGAUAGAAAAUUCAUGCGGUCUCUGUGGAUGGUAUGGUUCAGAGACAGGGAAGUUUCGGAGACCAAGUGGCCAUUUAGCUAAAGACGAACCAAGCUUUGUUCAGUCAUGGGUGGUCCCUGAUGAAUGUGGUGGAGCCUGUAAACUGCGACACUCAACAGUGAGACAUGAGAACCCAGUCCUAAUUAGGCAAGAAAAUCCACAGUGCGCUACCAAUCUUCCUGUCACACGCUGUGGAAGGCUGCUCAGCCACUAG